AUGAAGUUCUACAUCGUCUUUGCCUUGAUCCUGGCCUGUGCUGCAUGCUACGCUUCUCGGGAAGGAACUGAUUUCUACUGCGGACGGAACCUGGCUAUCACUAUAGCAAAAUUAUGCUAUAAUUCUGAGGUCGCUAAGCGUGAUGCGGGCUGGUGGUUGCCUCCCCAAGGCAUCAGGGCUCUGAACGGCGUUCGAGGCAAACGAGGUCCUGUUGACGAGUGCUGCGAUAAACCCUGCUCCCUUAAUGAACUUCUGUCUUACUGCUAA